UUCCAGUCAAUUGAAGGUGAUUAUUAUGAUAGACCCUUAGAGGUUAGCGGUGAUCAACUAGAUAACUACGGUGUUAGAACCGAAAAGGUAUCUCAAAAAAUUUUUAAGGGGGGAGGGAUCUACGAUGAGACAAAUACGUCCUCGGUAUUGAAGGUACCCAUCAGUAAAAAAUUGAAUCUGGAAAUUGAAGAAGGUAUUAAGGAUGGAGAUAAGAAAAAAUUAUGCCCGGACCUUCUUAGUAAGGAACCUUUGGAAAUUGAAACCGAGCUAGAUGAGGAAAUCAAAAACGAUACAUGCGGAAUAAAUUGGAAUAAGGUUGUUAGUAACCAAAAAUUAGAACAUGAGAAGACUAAAGAAAUUAUGAGUCCUUUAAAGGACGAAAAGCGACCAUCUAAUUUCAAAUGGAAGACGCAUGUUAGAAUGCAACCAAGUGGCAACCGAAGGCCCUUAGUGGCAAGGUCACCUAUAGUAGUUAUUGGAGAUGAUAGAGCCUUAGAGCUUCGAAAAAUAUUAAGAGAGGAAAAUCUAAGAGGAAUGGUUUUUAAACCAAUAUCCUGGGACGCCAAUCUCUUCGAUAGAGAGAUUCAGCUUACAAGAAGCGUAGACACGUUAGUAGUGUGGACGCAAAGCAUUAACAAAGGACUGUUUGAAGUCCUGAAAAAGGCCGACGAGUAUAAGAAAAGUCUGAAGAAAAUUGUUUGGAUUAAACCGUUUGAGGGACUAGAAUUUCAAGGCCUGAACAAUGUCACGUCAUUUCAAGAGCCGGAACAUCUACAAUCAAUACUCAUCAAUCUGAACAAAAUGGGUACCCCGCUCGUUUCACUCGUUUGGGAGCAAUAG